AUGCUAUCCAAGGCCGUUCAGGCUAUUCGAAAAUUUUCAGCGCAGCCUUACAACCCUAUGAAGUAUCUCCAAAGCUACAUUCCCACUAAAAUGCCUACAAAAGAAGAAAUCGAAGAAGGAGUGAAGACAGCCCAUGAAAAUGCAGGCAUGCUCGUGCACAACGUUCGUCACAUCAAUCCAUUGCGUCAAUCAGGUCCUAUUCCUGCUUUUGAUGGUCCUUUUUCGAUGGAAGAUAUUUUAUUCUUUUUUAAUAUAAAAUAGUCAUUAUAAAAAAUUCUAUUAUAUUUAUGCCUAUUUUUCAUAAAAAAAUAUACAAAAUUCCUAUCAAGAAUACUUCAAGAUAAACGACAUUUGCUACCCUUCAACUGAUGCUGAAGAAAUCAUGAGACGCGUCCCAGGAGUGACCAGAGAAGAGGCUGAAUAUAUAAGGUCUCUUGGUUUCACACCUGAUGACGAAGUAGAACUCGCCUAUUGGUACAAGACUAUUGGCUUUGACAUUUAUUACCCUCUUAAUAAUACUUAUGUAGCAAGACAAGUCUUGACCAACUCAAAAGGCGAAAAAGUAGAAGUUAUGUGGCCGUAUAUGGCUUGGGAAGACUGCAAUGAACUGUCAGUCGACACCGCACUACAAGAUAUGCCUUAUUAUACAAUUAGACAUUGGGAAGCUUACUCUGGUGAUGAAUGGUAUAAGUAUGUAAACAACCAAGAUUUGGGUGUCCCUGAUACCUGGUUUGAAUAUGAUAAAAAUACCAGAUAUUUGCUGCAGAUGGUACAAGAUCAGCUGGAAGAGCUACCUGAUAGCAAGAGACCUUGGCCAAGUCCUAAAAACCCACAUUGUCGUAGCUUGUUUACUAAUGAUCAAGAGAAAAACGCUGAAAUGUCUGAAAUGGCAAAACCAGACUGGAAGCACCGGUCUCCAGAUGAGUAA